AUUUCAGGCUGCAUCGUGGCCAAUAGCUGUGCUUCUUAUUGCGUCGGCGGUGGUGUCUGGUGCACCACUGCUAGUCGGCGUGUCGUCUGUCGCCAUCGAUUGAAACCAGCAUCGAGCGUUCGUCACACGCCUGCCAAAGGCUCGCUGUCUAUUCUCGUGAUUCUUCAGAUAAGUGUUGUGUUUACGGCUUGGCUGGUUGUUCUUCUUUGGCUUCUCACCAUUCUGAUUUCUCUUAUCGCUUUAUUCACAAUUCUACAUCUUACUCCUCCGGCGAGUCGGCGCCUGGACGGUAUGUGCCAACUAGUCAAAAUCGCUCCCAGCGGUUUCCUGAUGCGUUGUCUGCACGAUCUGCUCGCUCACGCUGUUCUUCUCGGACACGCGACCGUGGACGAUGUUCCUCUCGAGCGGAAUCGCCAUUCUGCUCGGCAUCUCCGUAGUCGUCGAGAUCAGAUGUUUUCUAGCAAUGCGGCAGUGCUUGCGAUGAUCCGCUCAGUUCCAUGCAGGACCUUUUACAAUUAG